AGCUGGACACAGUCUCCUUUCCCAGCCUCUGGCGGCCAGGACAGAAUCAAGACCACAGCUGCUGAGACCCUGAGCCCGGGGUUGUGGCCUUCUCUCACUGUGUCCCUCCAGGAGGGCCUCCCCCAACAAUGACCUCCUCAUUGUUCCUGGCCUUCCUAUUCCUGGCUCUGGCCACAGUGGCCACUACCAGAGCUGACCGUCAGUGCCUGGCAUGUGGGGAGCAUGCCUUGGACCUGCAGAGCCAGCGGGAGCUGCUUCUCCCCCUUGCCAAGAGAAGCAUCUUGGACAAGCUGCACCUCAACCAGCGCCCAACGCUGAGCCGGCCAGUGUCCAGAGCGGCUCUGAGGAUAGCGCUGCAGCGCCUCCACGGGCGCCCACAGGGGGCGCUUCCAGAGGCUGACAGGGGACAGGAAUAUGAGAUCAUCAGCUUUGCCGAGACAGGCUUCUCCAACAUCAACCAGACUCGUCUUGACUUCCACUUCUUCUCUGAUAGAACUGCUGGUGGCAUGGAGGUCCAGGAGGCUAGCCUCAGGUUCUUUGUGCAGCUCCCUCCCAAUACCACCUGGACUUUGAAGGUGAGGGUCCUUGUGCGAGGUUCCCAUGAAGCCAACCUCACUUUGGCCACUCAGCACCUGCUAAAGGUGGAUACCAGUGGCUGGCACCAGCUCCUUCUGGGGCCUGAAGCUCAGGCUGCCUGCAGCCAGGGACACCUGACCCUGGAGCUUGUACCUGAAGGCCAGGUAGCCGAGAGCUCAGUCAUCCUGAGCGGGGCUGCCCAGAGGCCUUUUGUGGCAGCCCGGGUGAGAGUUGGGAGCAAGCACCGGAUUCGACGUCAUGGCAUCAACUGCCAGAGUGGGUCCAAGAUGUGCUGUCGACAAGAGUUCUUUGUGGACUUCCGUGAGAUUGGCUGGCAUGACUGGAUCAUCCAGCCUGAGGGCUACUCAAUGAACUUCUGCACAGGGCAGUGCCCACUGCAUGUAGCAGGCAUGCCUGGCAUUGCUGCCUCCUUUCACACCACCGUGCUCAAUCUUCUCAAGGCCAACGCAGCUACAGGCACACCUGGAGGGGGCUCAUGUUGCGUGCCCACAGUCCGGCGCCCCCUGUCUCUGCUCUACUAUGACAGGGACAGCAACAUUGUUAAGACUGACAUACCUGACAUGGUGGUUGAGGCUUGUGGGUGCAGUUAGUCUACGUGUGGGAUGGGAAGCCCAAGGUGGGGUAGACAAAUAUGCCCCCACAGAGGUGCCCUUCCCUGAGAACAGGGACUGGCUCCAUUAUUGCCUCUGUACAGGAGGUGCAACCCCUCUUCCUGAGCAACCUACGGAAAUUAUUUCAACUUUGACUUGAGGAGAUCUUCAUCUAAAGAGAGUCACUGUGCCUGGCUGGGGUAGCUCAGUGGUUGAGCAUUGACCCAUGAACCGGGAGGUCAUGAUUCGACUCCCCAUCAGGGCACAUGCCCUGGUUGCAGGCUAGAUCCCCAGUAGGGGGCAGGUAGGAGGCAGCUGAUCAAUGAUUCUCUCUUAUGGUUUUCUAUCUCUCUAUCCCUCUCCCUUCCCCUUUCUAAAAUCAAUAAAAACUUAAUUUUUAAAAACUCAACCUUUAAAAAAUAAAUACAUACCUACAUAACCACCAGCCUCUCUCCAAGAGGACAGUCCAUCAAGCAAGCCCCACAUGCUCAACUGCCAUCCCAGAGACUCUGAUCCACCUCCAACCAUAAGCAGUGCAACCCAGGCAGACACCCAUAACCUACUCUUAAUCUACACCAUAAUCCACAAUGCUUCCCUGCCCUUUCCACUCAGUGCCCCUCCCUCUCUAAAUAAUUUGACCCAGCCCCUCCCCUUGAUUUUCUGGAUCUCCAGAGAGCCCCCUCCUUGGUUUCACCAAAGAUUAGAUCAUUACUCUCCAAAAUGAGGCUCAUUUCUCUCUGUGUCUUGAGUCCCUUUCCUUCUUACUUGCCCGGGUAGCCCACCUAAGGCUUUCUUGGCACACCUACAUCCAUUCUUUAGCCUUCCCUGCCCUGCUCUAUGGGCUUGGGGGCUGACUCAUCUGAGUUCCUUUCGCCCCUGCUUCCUGCCGAAUUUGACUAAGGGAAGACACAAGCAAGAAGUCCAAAUUGUUCUUAUUCGUGCAGCCUAGGUGCCGUGGUUCUGUGUGACUGUGGCUGUGACUAUGUCCCUACAGCUCCUGUCUGGCUCCUCUCUUCCAUGGCUGCAGCUUUGCCUGGGUUCUGACGUCACUGCUUCCGUGCUAAAGGCUUAUAAUGGCUCUCCACUCUUACUAGCACCUCGGUGCUUCAAUAUCCCUCAUUGGUUCCCUUAACCCUGCCCAUACCUCUGUAAAGAAGUCAGUGCUCAGCUGGUGUUGCUCAGUGGUUAAGUAUCAACCCAUGAACCAGGAGGUCAGAGUUUGACUCCUGGUAGGAGGUGUGCAGGAGACAACCGAUCAAUGAUUCUCAUCAUUGAAGUU